UAAAUCUGCAUCCACAUUUUCUGUUUCAUACACUAUCUCUGAUUCAGAAGGCCACACCAACCAUACAAUAUGUCAUCCUAUCGCUCCAGCUCUUUGUCCUUUAGCUCCAACUCUGUUGGUGGUUAUGGAGGGGGCUUUGGAAGUGGCUUUGGUGGUAGUGCAGGAAGUAGCUUUGGCAGUAGCUUUGCUAGUGGUGUAGGAAGUGGCUAUGGUGGUGGUUCAGGAAGUGGCUUUGGUGGUGGUGCAGGAAGUGGUUAUGGUGGAGGCUCUGGAGCUAGCUUUUCUCUUAGUUCAUCUGGAGGCUUUGGGGGGGCUGCAUCUAGCAGCAACUUUGGGAGCUAUCCUGGAAGUGACAAGCAAACUAUGCAAAACCUGAAUGACCGUCUAGCAUCUUACCUUGACAAAGUGAGAGCUUUGGAGGCAGCCAAUGCGGACCUUGAGCUAAAGAUCAAAGAGUGGUACGAGAAGCAACUUAGUGUUGGUGCCAGUGCAUCCGGCAAAGAUUACAGUAAAUAUUAUGAAACCAUUCAAGAUCUGAGGAACAAGAUCCUUGCUGCCACAAUUGAUAACUCCCGUGUUGUCUUGCAAAUUGACAAUGCUAGACUAGCUGCUGAUGACUUCAGGCUGAAAUUUGAGAAUGAGCUGGCCCUUCGCCAGAGUGUCGAAGCUGACAUCGUUGGCCUGCGCAGAGUCCUGGAUGAGCUGACCCUGUCCAGAGGUGACCUAGAGAUCCAGAUUGAGAGUCUCUCUGAAGAGCUGGCUUACCUCAAGAAGAACCAUGAGGAGGAGAUAAGUGUUGCCAAGGGCAGUGCUGCUGGACAGGUCAAUGUAGAAAUGGAUGCUGCUCCAGGUGUGGAUCUGACUAAACUGCUGAAUGACAUGAGAGCGGACUAUGAAGCUUUGGCUGAGAAGAACCGCCGAGAAGCAGAAGCUUGGUUCAACCAAAAGAGCAAUGAGCUAAAGAAGGAAAUUUCGGCUGGCGUAGAACAGGUGCAAACAAGCAAAAGCGAAAUCUCUGACCUGAGACGUACGCUACAGAGCCUGGAAAUUGAACUACAGUCGCAGUUGGCAAUGAAAAAAUCCCUGGAAGACACUCUAGCAGAGACAGAAGGCCGCUACGGUUUACAGCUGCAGCAGAUACAGGUUUCCAUCAGCAGUUUAGAAGAGCAGUUGCUACAGAUCAGAUCAGACAUGGAAAGACUGAACCUUGAAUAUCAACAGCUCCUAGACAUCAAGACCAGAUUGGAGAUGGAAAUUGAAACAUACCGUCGCCUUCUUGAAGGAGAGCUGGGGCUGUCUUCCUUCUCCAGUAAGUCUUCAUCUUCCUCACAGCAGACAGUCACACAGACAUCAUCAACAUCCUCAGUGGAUUCCAAAAGAGACCCAACAAAAACCAGAAAGGUAAAAACCAUUGUUGAGGAGGUGGUUGAUGGCAAGGUUGUGUCAUCGAGAGUAGAGGAAGUUGAGCAGAAAUUGAAUUAAAUAAACAACAAGAUCAUCAGUUUUGGAUAUCAUUUAAGAAGAACCUAUCUGCGUUUUGGGAAAAAAACACCAAUCACUUUACUUUCGGAAACAUUAAAUGAAUGUGAAGAUGUAUUUUCUUUUCUGAUGCAAUAAAUUCUCUUGUGCAUUUAAA